CCUAUGCAAAUAAUAGGACAUUUUAAACAUUAUGUUCACUGAAACAAACAUGGGAAACCAUAUUUGUUUUAGUUCACAAGUGAAUAAGGGAAACAAAUCUGACUGAAACCAACAUGGUUACCCAUGUUCGUUUCAUUUCAGAAGGGAAUAUGUCACAUAAAACUGACUGAAACAAACAUGGUUACCCAUGUUCAUUUCAUUUCAGAAGACAAUAUGUGAUAUAAGUGACUGAAACAAACAUGGUUACCCAUGUUCGUUUCAUUUCAGAAGAGAAUAUGUGAUAUAAGUGACUGAAACGAACAUGGUUACCCAUGUUUGUAAAAAGUAUUACAAAAAUGCAGUAAAUAAAACUGACUGAAACAAACAUGGUUACCCAUGUUCGUUUCAUUUCAUUACACAGUAAAACAAACUAAUCUGACUGAAACAAACAUGGUUACCCAUGUUCGUUUCAUUUCAGAAGAGAAGAAGGAAAAUAAGACUGAUUGAAACAAUCAUGGUUGUGAAUGUACGUUUCAAACAGUCUUGAAUAAAAAGAAAAAAGAGAGAGAAAAUAUACCUGUUGCGGAUCACGACCCGCCACCUGACGGACAAUUAACUAGGUCGGGCCGACUAGUUCGCAAGCCCACUAUUUUUGAUUUAUAGUAUGUGUAAGGCCGCCAGGGGUGCUGUGCUCAGCGUCUUCUUGGUGGCCGAUCUCGGUUAAUGUUUUUCUUCGCAAUUGUUCAACAAGGUAGAGCAGAUGCCAUUAUAAGUUGUGUCAGAAUCUGAAUAAAAGCUAGAGAAUCAGCAACAAUUUACCUGAGUCAAGUGUCUUCAAAUCAAUAAUUACUUAUCAGAAUUCUGUACAACUCGAUUAAGUAACACUGCUAAUAGGUCAAGCCACGCUACAGUCGUGUCAAAGAAAGAGUGUUGAGCACUUUCCGUAAGCAUUAGUUUUAAUAUACUUGAUAAUUUACACUUAUUUAAGUAUUGUCGUCCUAACUAUCACUCCCUUUUUGAAAGAAGUUAGUCUAAAAGCUGAAUUCAGCCACUCCGGGGAUGUACCCGAGAAAAACUCCAAUUAGUCAUGAAGCAUCUCAGCGUAUCAAUUAUCUCAACAGAAUCAGAAGACUUGGGGUAUAUCAUGCUCGCAUCAAAUUUGGUGAAUUUGGCCCAAGUCUCACCGAACCUGUAGAACCUGAAUACAGGCCAUUGCCCCACGGUGUAACAAUUGAUGCAAAACUAGGUGAAUACGAAGAAGGUUUCUAUAGCAUUGCAAUCAAGUAUCUUCCCCGUGACGAAGCUGUUGCCAUCACCAACAUCAGAGUGAACGCUGAUUAUGCAAGAUACCUAAACUUCCUGAGAGGAUUACCGACUUGUGAGCCAACGCCAAGAGAACAAAUUCAUCCAGAGAUUCCCUUGCCAGCUGUGCUCCAGCACCCAACACCACGUGCACCAGACUACGGAAGCACUCCGAUUGCAAGAUUUUACGGGUACCAAGGACCUAGAAGCCAUCCGAGGUCGCGUGGUAAAUCUACCGUUGCAGAGCAGUCAACAUCUGUAGCAACCAGAAACGUGGUCGUUCGCAGCCUUCUCGAAAACGAAAGAAGAAGAGAGGCUGAGGUUAUUGAACAAGAAGUCGGUGCAGAAGGUACAGAAGACAUCACUGAAGUGGAAUCGAAUUUUUCGAUCAGAACAAACGAUUCUGAGACUGUCAUUCAAGAAGAAAGUGAAGUAGAGGAAACAGUGAAAGGAGAAAGUGAAGAAAGCGGUUCGACCACAUCUGAGGAAUUCAUCUUGUCCAUCAACGAACGAGAAUUUUGAAAACCCUCAGCGAAUUCGCUCAAGAAGAGGCUUCAUUUUUUGUUUUAAGUUCCCUUCUUGUUAUGUUAAACUAAGAUCUUAGCCAUCUAGUGGUAACAAACAAAUUUUUACGUUUGUAACUCGACGAAUACGCCAAUAGACUGGUUUUCAACAAGCA